CCGCGGCCGGACGCGGGGUCGAUGGCGGGGACGGCGACGGCGGCGGGGACCAUGGCGGGGAGCGCGGAGGGGCCCGUGGCCGCCCGCCUGCGGGAGCUGGAGCGGCGGCUGGAGCGGGUGGAGGCGGCGCUGCGGGACCGGCCCCCCUGGGGGCUGCGGGGCCCCGAGGUGCCGGUGACGUUCCAGGACAUCGCGGUGCGGUUCAGCAGGGAGGAGUGGGCAGGCCUGGGCGACGAGCAGAGGGAGCUCUACAGGACGGUGAUGGAGGACAACUACGAGACGCUGGUGUCCCUGUACUGUGACCUCUCCAAGCCUGAACUCUUAUCUCAGAUGGAAAGAGGAGAAGAGCUGUGCGCGCUGCCGGAGUUGGACCUGGAGGGAGCAGAUCUGUCUCCGGAGCCGGCCGUAGAGCCCCCGAGCUGCCCGAGCGAUGACGGUCUGCUGGAGAUGAAGACAAAGGAGUCUCGCGAGGGGAGCUGUAGGGACCCGGAGGAAAGCAGGAGCCUGGCGGUGACGCCAAACUGCAGUGCACCGCACGUCCCUCACGAAGCCACCGCUGUGCCGGCAGAUCUUGGCCAGCCAACCCCGUCCCCUUCCUGCCCUCUCUCCACGUGCUGUCGUGAAGCGGGGAAUCUGAACCCGUCUCCAUCGCCUCCCCCCGCAGCAGCAGAUGCAGAGGUGGGGAUCCCAAUGGAGGCUCCGCAAGAGGAGGUCACUGGAGAGGAGCCGGCGGUGCCCGAAACGCCCUCCAAGGGUCUGGAAGAGGAGAACGUGAAAGAUUCAGGGAAUGGUGGCCAGGGUCCGGCGGCAGACGUUCCCGAAGAGCCGGGAAAGGCGUCGAUCCCAGAUGUCUGCAGCGCGACGGCGCAGGCAGAUCCCGGCUGCGCAGUCGCCGAGCCGGGAGAGCCCAUGGAGGGCUCCUGCACGAGUCGGACUGCGGCCUGCCAGCGAAAUUCCACCCGGGAGAAGUGCUACUCCUGCCCCGUGUGCAGGAAAACCUUUCUGCUGAAGAUCAACCUCGUCAUCCACCAGCGGAGCCACAGCAACUGUGUGCCUUACAUCUGCGCCCACUGCGACCGGAGCUUCAUGUCCAAGAAAAAAAUCCGGCGUCACCUCCGGGCCUGGGCGGCCAAGGGGUUCUGCCAGCCCUCGGAGGCAGAGGAGUGCUCCGGCCGGGCGCCGUGCCCGGCUUCCCAGCCCCGAACCCCCAGCAGGGACUGCGGCACGGUGCGGGGGAAGCCCAGCCCCAACAGAUACCCGCUGUCGCCUGGAAAAAUGAUGUAUUCCUGCAAGGAAUGCACGGAGAACUUCUCCAGUGAGAGCUUUCUGAUCCUGCACCAGCGCCGCCACACCAACCACCACCUCAUCCUCUGUCCCUGCUGCAACAGGACCUUCACCUGGGUCUCUGACUUUGUCCGCCACCACCGCAACCACACCGGCGAGCGGCCCUACCAGUGCGGCAUCUGCCAGAAGACUUUCAAGCGCCGUUACCACCUGAACGUCCACCAGAGGAUCCACGUGCGGCAGAGGGGGCUCUACGCCCACGGGGACCAGCUGCCGAUGCCGGUGGCACCCGUUUAACCGCCGGCGGGGACGUGGGGAGCGGGAAGUGUGGGAGAAGGCGGGGUGGGAAGGCGGGAAGCGUCCUCCCGGGGACAGGAGGACACCGUUGGACCUUCUCUUGACCGUGGGUUGGAAGCUGGAGCGCAGGAUGGAGGGUGCCCAGCCCUGCCCGUGCAGAAGCAAGGGUCCAAGCCAGGACACCGAAGCCAGCUCAGCGCGUCCCUGCGGGCGCACCCCUUCUCCUUCCAGCCUGCGGAGACACUCUGUGGCCGGGUCUUUGUUCUGCGAGCUUGGAGCAGUGCGGAGCGGAGGAAGCUCUCGCACCGUCCAAGUAGUCCCCAGACGGGCACACGGCUCCGGCUCGGUGAGGCAGAGCUGUCGGUCAGACUGCCUCUCCCCUGGGCACCUCCUGCUUUCCUCAAAAACCCUGACUCCUGAUAAUCCAUCCCCAAAAGGCAGCUGGUGCCCGAGCUGCUUGGGCACAGCUCUAGAUUUGCCAUUGGACAAAACCGUUCUGCUGACCUGCGAAUUCCCUCUUUCUGUAAUUUCUGUUUGCUGCGACAAAUGCCCACUGUUGCAUUUUCCAGAUUAUUAUUUUCACCAAUGCUCUUCAA